GGAGGAAGGAGACGCCAUUAGAGGGAGGCGGAGAGGGAGCGCUCUUCGCCUUUCCUCCGGUGUUUGACGUGGUGGCGGGGGCCCUUCAUUCUCGGACUUUCCUCUGCCCUCUCAGGCUUCGCCCCGAGGCGGGAGUAGAGACAGCGGCUGGGGUUGGCGGGUCGGAGCGGAGGGGCCUGCGCCGGCCGCGGUUGUGAAGGCGCUGCGGCGGCUGUGGGGUGCUCGGCGCAGCUCUAGGGCUCGGGCGGCCGGGAAACGGGAUGGCUGCGGCCGGCAGCGGCGGCGGGGCGGCGGCGGCGGGUAGAGCCUACUCAUUCAAGGUGGUACUGCUGGGGGAAGGCUGCGUGGGAAAGACGUCGCUGGUGCUGCGCUACUGCGAGAACAAGUUCAACGACAAGCACAUCACCACUCUGCAGGCAUCAUUCUUAACGAAGAAGUUAAAUAUUGGUGGGAAAAGAGUAAACCUUGCUAUAUGGGAUACAGCAGGUCAAGAGAGAUUCCAUGCAUUGGGUCCAAUUUACUACAGAGAUUCAAAUGGAGCUAUUUUAGUUUAUGAUAUAACAGAUGAAGAUUCCUUUCAGAAGGUAAAAAACUGGGUCAAAGAAUUACGGAAAAUGUUGGGAAAUGAAAUCUGUUUAUGUAUAGUUGGUAAUAAAAUAGAUCUGGAAAAAGAGAGACACGUUUCCAUUCAAGAAGCAGAAUCGUAUGCAGAAUCUGUAGGAGCAAAACAUUAUCAUACUUCUGCUAAACAGAACAAAGGAAUUGAGGAACUCUUUCUUGACCUUUGUAAAAGGAUGAUAGAAACAGCACAAGUGGAUGAGAGAGCAAAAGGCAAUGGCUCUAGUCAACCAGGAUCUGCAAGGCGAGGUGUACAGAUUAUUGAUGAUGAACCUCAAGCCCAGAGCGGUGGUGGAGGGUGCUGUUCUUCUGGAUAACUGUUCACACUUAAGAAAUUAAACAAACUGUGGAUCAUUGCCCUCAACAUGAAGACUGCCAUAUUCCAAGUCACAUUAUUUUACCAAUGGAAUUAUAGAAUUAACAGUAUUUUAAAUUACAUUUAUAACACUGCAGAGACCUUAAGUGCUAAACUUAGUGGAGUUUGUGACCAGAGAAUUGGCAUUUUUCUACAAAUGUUAACAAAGCAAUUACCAAUGGCCUUUUUACAUACUUUUUUCUUUAAUAAGGAAUAAUAUGCAUGUAGAAAAGACCUACUUAAAGGCUUCAUUUAUAUUCUUUUAAAUCAAAUCUUUAUUUAAUAACUUAUAUAUGUUGUUGGAAUGGUAUACAUUUUUGCAGCCCUUUGUAUUUUGUGGUAGUUUGAAUUGUAUCACUUCUGAACAGCAAACUGUUUUUGUUUUCUUUUUUUUUAAGUAGCAGAUACCUGAAGUACUAUUUUUGCAGGGUUUGCACAGGCCCCUUAACUGUCUACUACUUUGAUAUAAUCUAUAUACAACCUGUAUGCUGAGCUGGUAAAGUACAUUGUAAAAUUACAUAUUAAAUAUUUUAUCUGCUUUUACAAGCGCAAGGUGCAAAAAUAUAUACAAUAGUCUCAUUGAUGAUUGUAAAGUGAAUUAACAUUUGGUGAUAAUGCCUAAGCUUUUUUUGACUCUGUUAUAAAGAUCAUAGCUCCCCUUCACUUUUGUCUUAACUUGAAAGUGGCGUGUUUUAAUUUUCACAUAUACUUUACUUGAAUUAUUGCUGUUGUCAUAUUUUUUGCCUCUGUAAGUCUUUCUGAUGAUUGAACAACAGCAUUUGCCUUUUGGUUUGUUGGGGUUUUUUUGUUUUUUGUUUUUUUUGUUGUUGUUGUUAUUGUUAUUGGGGGGGGGACUUUUUUGGAUAAAAGAGAUGAAUUCUGCUGAUUUUGCUUUAGAGUGGUUACCUUAGAAGUAUUUGAGUGGAGCAUGCUGAGUUUCACUUCUGCAAUGGCUUUAGUUUUCUCUUAGACUUUAUGUGAGAUGGUUUCACUGGUGUGAGAAGAAAGGAAGAGGUCCCAGAGAGUUGCCACUGGCCAAGACUCAUUCACACAGCAUGUCAGUGGGUAGUUUAUUCUCCUGGGGUAGCACUUUUAAACCCUUUGUGAGCAAAUUGUAUUUGUUCAUUGCUUGCCAGAGAUGAACACAGAAAAGUUUGUUCCAUUUUAUAAGAGUUGUCCUUCUGAGUUUCUGUGAAGGGAAACAUUUCAUGUAAUGUGGUUAUAGCAGACACUGGAAAGAUUUAUUAUAAAAUUAUAUUCUUGUAUACUUUGUAAAUUAGUCUCAUUAGGGUUUUUUUUUUUCUUAAGCAUAGGACUGAACUUAAAUUUGUUAAUUUUAAUAGAAUCAGACACUGCUCACAGAAGGAUCACAAAUUGUGGAGAUUAACAUAAAUUGUUCUUGUUCUAAUAUAUAUAUUUUUCCAUUUCUGUCAUGCUUGGAAAACUAGUAAAUGUUAUGUCUAAGAUUAAAUGGAAUGGUCCCUGGAUUUACUUCUUAUAAGAAGCAGUAGUAUGCAAUAAAGUUGUUAGCAUGAGCAAUUAAGAGAAUAUAAAGAGGUUACAGUUACUAAAGAAGUACUAUCAUAUUUUUAAGUUAAUAGCUUAAAAUUUCCCAAAUGGGUUGAAUUGACACCUUGAUGUUGUUAGAAUUUUAACUUAAAAUAUUAAGUGUUCUUUGAGCCCUCACUUUAACUUCUUUAGUUACUCUCCUUGCGAAACCCAACACACUGAUCUUUGUUGUUUGUGUUAAGAGAGGGUAGAGUGGAAAGAGUGAGGUAUAUAAGCUAUAAAAUUGUUUUUGGAUUUUUUUUUUAAUCAGAUGAUUGUACUCUGUAUAAUCUCUCAGUGUCCUGGGAAGUUUGUCUUUAUGUAGGGCAGCAGAGGAGACAAGGGGAAUCAUGAGUACAAAUACAGGAAAAAUUGGUUUUGUCCCCUGGUUCUUCCACAGAAAGUAAAUCAAGCCUUGCCAUUUCUUCUAGUAUACAUGCAGAUGUGAAAUAAGCUCUUCUCCUUUGGAGUGGAAUGUUUUAGAGAGAAAAUUGAGGUUUUUUUCCCAAAAAGUAGAGUCUUAAAGAGAGUUGUACUCUCGAUUUUUGACCCUAUAUUAAUGAUACGAAGUCCAGAUAGGAAUCUCUGCUCCAGAGUUGCCAGAUAACGAUUGAUGGGGUAAAACCACUCUGCGUAUUUUUUUUUCCUUUACUCUCCCUUGGUUUCUAUGUAUCUUUCUUAACCUCAAGUGUUUCUUCUUUUUUUGACCUGUAAUUUAAGCUAAUUCAUUAGCAGUGAUAAAUAAUACAGAAUACUUGUCCUUGCCUUGAGGCCUGAGAGGUCUUUAAGUAGGAAUAGGAUGAAAGAGGAAUAUAAGAGGACCAGCAAAUUUCAGUAUGUGCAUAAAGGAGAGGUAGAGGGAUGGUAAACUAAGGCUGAGGAAAUUUCUCUGAUAACUUUCCUCACCUCUAACAUAUCUUUUGUGUUCCUGUCCUUAUAAAUUGUGCUAUUUAGGAAAAAGACACAAGUUAAUGUAUUGUGUAUUAAAAGUAGUAGGUAGAACCAAUAUAUUUUUCAUUUAGUAAGUGUAUACAUUUAGUAUAUGUAAUUAAAAAUUGGUAUAAGAUAGUCAUUAAAAAAUACCUGAAUAUUAUGUUAAAAGUACACAAUCAUUGUUUUUGUAAUGAUGAUGGGUAUUCAGCAUUUUGUUUUGCUUUGUGAUUAUGGAGGAAAAUACUGUUUUUAAAAAUGUGUAUUGCAACAGUUUUGGGGUAAACAGCAAUUUGAAAAAAAGCAUCACGUUAUUGUAUGAAA